AUGCAAAUAUGUUUGCAAACAUCUCGAGAAAUUGAAGUGAAUGAACGUCUUGUAGCAGAUCGCCCAAUUGAAAUCGAUCAACCUUGUGAUGACUCCUUAAAUCAUGAUAAUACCGGACAUGAUGAUGAAGAUGAUGAGAUGGAGGAAGAGGAGGAAGAUGACGACCAUUUGAUUGUCGAUGAAUAUUCACAUCUGGAGGGUCAUAGUUCAGAAAAGCCAUCUUCUUCGUUAACCUCAUCAUCAUCGUCGUCAUCACCUUUUUUCUCAACUGCAACAACAACACAGUCUCUAAUUUCCAUUAUCACCAGUUCUAGACAACAACGACAGUACUCAGAAAGUGCUCAAUCACAACAGUCGUCAUCGACGCAACAGCAACAUCAGCAGUAUCAUCGGACAACACCAGUUUAUCAGUGCCAACUCUGUCCGAAAAGCUUCUCCUCAACAAGGUGUGUUAUUCAUUUGUGUAUAUGUAUGAAUGUGCAUGAGUGCAUGCGUCUGUGUGUGAAGCAGCAAAUGACUUAAAG